CUUUAAUUUCACCGCUCAUUUAAAAAAAAAAAUUGGAGUUAUUUGUUAGUCGCACGGAAUAAGUUUUGUGGUUGAAACAUGUCGAAGCCAUCGAUAACGCCGUCCAAUGAAUUAAAAAAACUGCAAGACAAAAUUAGAUGGUUCUCAUUAUUCAUUGGAAUUGAUAUUUUUGAUCCUCAUCCGAAGCCAAAUAAGCGUUCAUUUGUGUCUGGUGUGGUUUCGUUGCUUUGGCAAGCUCUCGUGUUGUAUACGAUAAUUAAAGAUUUACCGAGUCUGAGGAUUUUUACUCUCGCUUACGUUCAUAUUUCAUUCUUUUCUCAAGGCCUCAUGAGAACAAUAAAUCUCAUAAUUAAUCCACAAACAACAUCAUCACUUCAAGCAUCCAUCUACAACUUUUACAAAAUCCACGAAAACGAUAAUGACGUUCGUGUAAUUCUUGAACAAGCCAUAAAGAGAGCUAAAAAGCUAGCAUAUGGAAUAAUUAUAUUUGAUUGCGUUAUUUUCAAUUCAGGCAUUGUGUUGUUAAUGGUUUUCUUAUUUACUGGAGCGUUCGUUAUCCUAGUACCAAUCCAUCUACCAUAUUUAAAUGCAAAAGAGCUUGUUGGAUAUCUGUUAAAUCUUUCACUUCAAUUAGCACUCGGUGCUGUUGGAUUCCUCACGUUUGCCACUUACGAUGCAACAAUUUUAAUACAUGGAUAUCAUAGCUUAACGAUGGUUCAAGUGCUCAAAUUAAAAAUGCACAAUUUACAGAAUGACAUGGAUGUCAAUGACAGCGAACAAAGGAAAUUGGUUGACGAAGACAAUUUCAAUAAAAAAUUUAUCGAAAUUGUAAAAUUUCACGACCAAAUCAAAAGCUACAAUGCAGAAUUCUCAAAUUUAGUACGAAUACCAUUUGCGACUGCAAUUGUCGUCAACAUAAUUGGAAUUUUCGUCUGCAUCAAUAUGGGACUGAAGAAAUCAUUAUCUUUGGGCAUUGGUGCAUCACUCGGAUUGUUCAUUCAACUACUGUUGCCAUUCAUUGUUGCAAUAAUGCAAUCAUUUCAGAGAGAUCGACUUCAUGACGAAAUCAUGACCUUUUCAUGGAAUAGAUUUAAACAUACUUUAAAUCAGAAGAAUUAUUGUCAUUUAUUAAGUUUAGUCUGUUGUCAUCAAGGAUUGAGGUUGCCUAUAUUAGGGACAUUUAACAUGAAACUUUUUAUGAGAAUUUUGGUGAUAAUUGUUUUUCCAACUAUUCUUUUAAUGCAGAUUUAAGACCUUCUAACCUAUUUUUAUAUGAAAGCAGGGUGAGCAUGUGUGUCAGUAUCAAUAACAAUUUAUAUCCACAGGUACCAAAAAACUCAUAAGAACUCAUCCGUUAAAUACACACAUGCACACAAAUAAAUAAUCUCAUUUGUCAAUUCCAUUCCCAUAUAUCCUUUAUCCUAUUACGAAGAAAGUUUUAUUGCGAUGACAUAUGACGAGGACAUACUACGCAAAUAUCAGAAACAGGUGAACUAUUUAUUCUUGACAUGAUUUUCAUUUGAAAAUGUUACUUCGCAAAAAAAAUGGAGAGAACGUGAGUGGAAUGUUAUUGGGAUCAGCUGUCGGAUCAGGAAGGAAGCGAGUGAAAAAUAAAAUUUUUCCCCUUUUGCCAUCUUUUAUUGACAAUUUUUCAUGAUUCUUAAAAAUGUUUUUCAAAUUGGGAACAUAAGUAUUAAAUUUUACAUCUAUAAAUAAUCAAUUUGAAUGUUAUAUGAUUAAUAAAAAUCCACAUGAUUAAUAUUCUGAGAUAUUUUAUAUAAUUUAUGGAAGAAAUAACAAUCAAAAUAAUAACAAAUAUGAAUAAAAUUUUCCCUGUUUUACAUUCUUUAAUUUAUUAUUUUUAAAGACUUUUAUUUUCAGAAUGUUGGAUAAAUUUUGAUGCAAUUUGUCCAUAACAAU